AUGUCGUCUUCAAGAUAUCCUCCUCCACCAAGAGAUCGCUCCCCACCUCGAUUCGACCGCAGACCAUCAACUAACUAUACGCCUCCGAGCUCUUUGUACAGAGGCCAAGGAGAACCCGGCUUACUACCGGCUCAGCGAGACCCUCCUCGAGGCCCGAAGGCUGACUUUCGAGGUGGCGGGGGUGCUUUUCCAUUCAGUUCUACUGCGCGUGGUCGAGGUGGAGGAUUUACUCCCCGGCCUAAUGAUAACUGGGAUAGAGACCGUGAACGGGACCGUGAACGAGAUCGCGAUCGAGAUGCCCGGCCACCCCCACAGUCCUACCGGGGUCGAGAAGAUGACCGCGCCGAAUGGCCUCGACGUGAUCGUGACUUCGCAACUGCCGAUCGCAAUGUCACAUUAGCCAGAGACACUCGACCGUAUGUUGGCAGAGAACGCUCGGCUUCUCCAAUUCGACCCAGGAGAGACUCGCGUGAAUCGAUCCCUUCUACUUUCUCUCGUCCUGCGGAAUCUGCAUCAUCAUACUAUCCUCCUACAGGGCGGGGUGGGCUUGGCCGCGGCAGGGGAAGAGGCGAUUGGGAGAGGGGCAGGGGCAGGAGUUCUUUCGUGAGCGAGCGCGAGCGGGACCUGUUCCAUCCACGAAGCCGUUCAAGAGAGAGCUGGCGUGAUCGUGAAUUCGACCGAGGUCGGCCGCCCCCUGGGGACGCUGACCGCUCCGACAGGUACGAGCGUCGAGACUAUGAGCGAAGCCGCGAGCGUGAAGUCAGAGCUCGAGACUCACGGGACCACGACGUAUGGCCGAGGGAUCAAUCGCCUGCUAGAAUAUCUACUGGAAACACGGGCGCCGCUGUUGCCACCCCGUCUGCUUCUGGCAAUGACCGACCUGGAAAAUCCGAUUUUGAUACACCCAGACGGCCGUCCCUUGUAGCUACGCCAACCAGCGCCAUCCGCGACAAUCGGCGUGAUGGCGAAGGAGCAGAUUAUUUUGGAAGCUCGAGGCUGGAUCCUUCUCGUCGUGACCAACCCCAACUCCCACAACAACCCUCUGCCGCCGUUGGCCUUGACUAUGGUCCCCCGCCAUCCUUGCCACCGUCAGUCACCACCCCCGCUACGGAGAAGCCGGCCUUCCCGAAGCUACAGCCUCCCAAGCCUGAGCAAGCAAUACCUUCGCCAGCUACUUUUCAACCGCCUAGUGGGCCAAAAGCUGGCAGGACCGGGCCCACAGCAAGCCUCAGUCAAGCCGUGAAGACGCCUCAAACCCAGGAGGGCUGGACUCGUACCGAGCCUGUUUCGCGUCCCGUCCGCCCUGGCCUGAUCCCAAGUGCAAGCAAUCUAUCGACGGAAGGAAGCACAAAGAAAGACGAGCUCCCUGUCGAAGCUAAACCUCCUGCGGCGCCAGCUGCUGACCGCUCUAUGCCUCCAAACGUUCCUUCCGGCCCACGACUAGGCAAUGCGCCGCCAUUUAAACACAGACUAUCUUCGAGUGAACCAUCAGGCUCUGGUCCACCUCCCAUGGCACCAAGAGAACCUUCUUCAAAACCUUCCGGAUUGGACAAUCGGGCUCCAGCAAUUCCGACAGGCCCUCGUCUUGACCGCGAAGUUUCGAGGACAAUGCCAGGGACAGCCUCCAAGAUAUGGAUCUCCCCGGACUACAAACCAAAGCCUUCUAUUAUGAACGCAAUGAACAAACAGUUCCAGCCCGAAACCCGGGAUAGAGGCUUGAUACCCACAGGCCCGAGGCAGCAGAAUGUGUUCCCUACUCACGCUGACAAGGCUCGGGCACCACAUACAUCUGCAAAUUCGAUCCCAUUUGCACCGUCUGGGCCCAAGGCGCUGAUAGCAACAAGUCCCAAAAUUCAAGACGCCAAAAUGACCCUCUUGCCUCCUAGGCAUCCCGUCGACGAGUUCCAACCCCAAGAAGAUGUGAUAAUGUCGGUUCCCGCAUCCAGUGAGGACGAGGACGAAGUUGAGGAUGAUUCUUUCGACGAAGAGUACUAUAUUGAAUCUGAAGAGAGGCAUAAGCAGGAGAUGGAAUUGCUUCAAGCUAAGAAACCACCACCUUUAUUACAAGAUGCUGCAAUUGUGGCCCUCCUUGUAAAGCUGCAAUUUCUUGAGAUGAUAUCUCAAGCUCCUGUUCUUAGGCCCGUUUCCAAACCUCUCGAGGUCACAAAAGAGGAGGCUCCUGCUUCUGUUACCGUUGUAACCGGGUUACCGUCCCCAGACCAGGUCCCUCAUGAGACCGAGUCUAAACAGGAAGUCCAGGAAGUGGAAUUACCACAUCCCAAAGGACGACCUCUCAAACAGCCACCAGUGAACCCCAUACCCACUCCUCCCAUCGAAGAUUUGCCGUAUCUGAAGCCGGGACCUAUUGAGCCAGUCGUCUUUGAAGACUCUGACAACGAAGUCGAACAUGAAGCAGUCGCAAUUCUCCUUCAACAGGAAUUUGAGCGCAAUGCAUGGGACUGGAGAUCUGAGCUUGAAGAAAUGCACGCGGAGUUCAAGGCCAGGUAUCCUCUAUGGAAGCAGAAGAUCCAUCAACUGGAACAAGAUAGGCGUGAACUACAGGCUAGCCCUGCGCCUGCCUCCCCUGCACCGUCAGCGGCACCAUCGGUCACACCUUCAUUAACCCAUGAACGUACCAGAGGCGCGCGAAAUACGACAGAAGCGGAUUUACAAGCCGCAAUUUUAAUGUCUCAGCAGUCCCUCAGAGAAGAAGAAGAACGACGGGAGAGAGAGGCGGCUUCUAGCUCUUUGCCAAACUACGACACGGAGGCUGUCGUACCGCCAAUGCUAAAGCCCGCGGACAUUGAACUGUCCCAAUUCGAAGAGACGAACCAUCUCAUCCCAAAUGAAUUGGCAUUGCAUGCUUUUGCCUACGUCCCUCCCGAGGACGAUUUUACGGAAGAGGAGCAAAGCCGUUUCAUUACAGCCUACUGUCAAAAUCCCAAGAAAUGGGGCAAGAUCGCAGAAUCUCUUCCGGGUAGAACGUAUCAAGAGUGCAUCGUUCAUUACUACUUGACGAAGACCCAGGCUCACUACAAAGACCUCUGGAGACGAUCGCAGCCUAGGAAGCGCGGUCGACGAGGGGCUGCAACUAAACCCCGUUCCACGGCUUUGAUGUCCGAGCUCCUCAAUGGUGAUGAUGCAGAGGCGACACCUGUUGCCGUUACAGAUAGCGGAAGGCCGAGGCGGGCGGCGGCACCCACAUUUGGAGAUGCCCCCAGCGAAGCUGACUCUUCAACACCCGCCCCACAGUCGAAGAAGCUUACAUCGGCCUUGAAAGAUGGCAAUUCAGACGGCAGUGGAACCAAAACGUCAAGAGGCCGCAAGGCUGGUACUGCUGCCAAAGUGCGCAGGACCAAGGCGCAGAUUCAAGCUGAGCAGCAACAGGCUUUACUUUCGAAUGCUGCUGAAGCCUCGCCCGGCAAACCCGCCACCGCUAAGGUUGAAAGAGGGCGCACACUGAUUCGCGCCGAAAAUGUGCCCAUCAGACCCGAUGCUCCUGCCAUCCCGCAAGUGCAACGAUCGGUUGAAGCAGGACUACAGCACUAUCCUAUCUGCGAUGUCCCAAUCGGCCCUCCAACAGCCCCAGCGUCGACAGCAUCGUUGCAAGUGACGAGUUAUUGGUCAGUACCUGAACAGCACAAGUUUCCAGAGCUUCUGGCGUAUUUUGGUCGAGACUUUACCGCGAUUGCAGACUUCAUGAAGACGAAAAGCGUGACAAUGGUGAGUGCACCCAUGGAUGGUUCACACUUGCUGGCUGACAAGACAAAGAUCAAAAAUUAUUAUUCUCGGCAAAUCAAUGACGGCAAGGAUGAGCUUGAAAAGUUCGCCCGGAUGGGUGAGCAGAUGCGCGAACAGAUGCGCAUCGCCGGAAAGGUCGCGAUUCCACCUCCAAGUCCGAUCGCGGCUCCAAAACGUCGGUACGACACAGCAUUGGCACCCAUCCCUCGUCCAACAACCCAGGGUGAGCAGAACGUUGUAGAUGGUGAGCCGCCAGUUCCAGCAAUCACGCAGAGCGUCAUUGAAGACUUCCCUCGGAACAUUCUCGAACGGACAGCCUCUGGGGACAUUAUUUCCAAGCCCCGCCCAGUUGGACGCGAAACACUUCGUGAGGUCACUUUACCUGCUCCUCUUCCACCUAAGACUGAAGAGCCUCCGAGAUUACCCAGUGACCGUCCUUCUCUCUUUGCCCACAAACCAUUGCAUGGCCCCAAAGCUGGCGUUUUCCAGGAUGAUAUCGGUUUCCAGCCUUCCCGUCAAAAUCUCCGGACAACGCUUCAGGAGCGGUCGCCCCAAAUACUCACGCAGAGACUUCCGGAUCUACCUCGCCCUGAAUUAGCACAACAAGCCCCAAUACCCACAGCCGCUCCAAGCCUUCUUGGCUCGCGAGAGCCUCUCAUUCAAGGACAGCCACUGCCCCAAGCUCCUCCCGCUCCUCCUGUUCAAGGCAUCCAAGCUCAUGUCGAGAAGUAUACACCGCCAAAUGCUCUGCAUCCUAGUCAGAACCGUAACAGUGGCUCGGCAACGCCGAGCCAACCGCCUCUGGAGAGGUCUCAGGAUAUUUCCUCUUUGCGCCACAUGGACGAUCAACGUGCAUUGUACCGACCUGGUCCGACAGGGUCUCCAGUAUUGACACCAACAUCAAUACCUGCCUCGCAGCCUGCGCGAGCCGAGAUAGCUCGGCCAGCGCCAGCGCCUCCUCCGGCAGAACCUCCGAAACCUCCCGCCAAACGCUCGAAUGUGUUCGGUCUUCUCAACGAUGAUCCCCCAGAUCCACCGCCAAAGCGACCGUCUCUGGAGGCACCGAAACGAACAUCCAUCCUCUCUCCGCAGAUUACUACUCUUCCUCCAGGGCAGAAUCUGCUACAGCAACCGCGAAGCCAGCAUCACCCUGAAGAUCCGCUUCUAAAUAGAGCACCAAGAGGCCCAUAUGGUCCCAGUAGCGGCAGCGUGCUUUCAGCAGGCAGCGGGCAGCAGUCAUCGACCGAGUAUCCGAGUUCGUUUUCUGCAACUACUGCCCCUGGGCCCAGCAAUGAAGCAUGGAUGGACCGUUUUGAUCCGCGUCCUCAGGGAGUCCCAAGUGACCAGCGGAGUCACCACCAUUCGCCUGCCCCGAGUCACUAUUCUGUUGUACCUCCAACUUCCCAGCAGAGUAGCAUUCCUCCGCUCCAUUCGGUGCGAGUGGACGCGGCCCGCGGAAUGGAUCGAUCUGGAAUCGACCACCGACGGACGUUGCUAAGCCCAAUUAAUCAGAUGCCACAUGCGCCCUCUCCUCCACCUCAACAGCCGACGCCGCUUGUGCCACAAUUGCGUUCAGCUUCCACUUCAUCGCACCAUUCACGGGUACCCUCUGUUGGUUACUCUGCUUCGCAGCCGCCGAGUCAGUCGUCUCUCAGCCACCCGACAAUGCCGCAAAGUCACUCUCACUCGGCAAGCUCAACUCCAGUCUCAAGUCUUCACCGAGCGCAGUCGUCUCUCGAUUUUGCACCACGACUAACCAUCCAACAACACAUGGCUCAGCAAAACCAGCAGAAACAACAGCAAGAGCAGCAGCGUGAACACGAAAGACACAUCCAACGCCAUCGAGAAUUGGAAGCGGCACAACAUCGUGAAAGGGAACGCGAGCGAGAACAACAGCAACAACCACCACCACCGCAGUCCCACCAGCAGCAGCAGCAGCAACAACAACAACAACACAUGAGGCGGGAGAUGUACGGUAUCGAACACCAUGCAACGCCUACAAUGUCUCGCCAAAACCAACUGGGGACGGCAUCUAAUCAAAGCCACGCGGCAUUCGCUCAACGGGAGAUUCCACGAACCUAUACACCUCCGCAUUCACAUAGUAAUUCUCACUCUCAUUCUCACUCGCAAUUCCCGGUUUCUAGUCACGGCCCGGGUGGCUUGGGAGCGCCUCAUCCUCUUCAGCAUCCACAUCCGCAUGCACAUCAGCAGCAGCAGCAGCAGCAGCAACAACAACACCAACAUCAACAUCAGCACCAACACCAGCACCAGCAUCCAACGGGACCGCUUCCACACCUACAGGCGCAAGGGAGAGGUCAACCGCCGCCUCAUUUGCAUCACCCUCACCCUUCUCAACCGCAAAUCCUCCAUCCAGGACCGACAGGGCAUUUUCGAGCGAUGAGUCAAGGAGAACCGAGACGUGAUGAGAGACGGUGA